CAGCAGUUUAGUUUUUAUGUAAACGCUUAUAUAAGCUUUACAUUUUCCUUUGAAUAAUAUACAUUCUCUCAGAUUAAAUAUUUGUACGAAUAUACCUUGAUCUCAACAGAAGCCCUAUGGUAUAACGCUGGUCCUGUGCAACAAAAAGAGAAAGCGCGAGCGAGAGUUCUUGAAGAAGAAGAAAAGAGAAAGGGAAGAAGCAGAAGGAAGGGGAGUGAGUGUGCGAGGGUUUGGGUGUUGAGAAUCGAGAAUGUUCCGAAACCAGUACGACACGGACGUCACCACAUGGAGCCCGGCGGGGCGGCUCUUCCAGGUGGAGUACGCCAUGGAGGCGGUGAAGCAGGGCUCGGCGGCGAUAGGGCUCCGAUCGAAGACUCACGUCGUUCUCGCAUGCGUCAACAAGGCCAACUCCGAACUCUCCUCGCACCAGAAGAAGAUCUUCAAGGUCGACAACCACAUCGGCGUCGCCAUCGCCGGCCUCACCGCCGACGGCCGCGUCCUCUCCCGCUACAUGCGAUCCGAGUGCAUUAACUACAACUACACCUACGAGUCUCCUCUCCCCGUCGGCAGGCUCGUCGUUCAGCUCGCCGACAAGGCGCAGGUUUGCACACAGCGAUCAUGGAAACGUCCUUAUGGGGUUGGUCUUCUGGUUGCUGGAUUAGAUGAAUCUGGGGCUCACCUCUAUUACAACUGUCCCAGUGGAAACUAUUUUGAAUAUCAGGCUUUUGCUAUUGGAUCUCGCUCACAAGCUGCAAAGACAUACUUGGAACGUAGGUAUGAGAAUUUCAUGGGCUCUUCACGAGAAGAUCUGAUCAAAGAUGCACUUAUCGCAACUAGGGAGUCCUUGCAAGGUGAAAAGCUCAGGAGUUCUGUAUGCACUAUUGCUGUGGUUGGAGUUGGUGAGCCCUUCCACAUUUUGGACCAGGAAACUGUUCAACAAUUGAUUGAUACUUUUGAGAUUGUGAAGGAGGAGGAAGUCCCUCCAGCUGAAACUCAACCAGCCACCGAGCAGGAUGCUGCUGCAGAACAGGGUUCUGGCGCAGAUCAAGGUGGUGCUGCUGGAGAACAAGGUGGUUCUCCUAUGGAAAUUUGAUAAUUUAAAAUCAAGUGCUAGAGGUGUUGGACAAACUGAUUAAACUCUAUAAUUUUUAUGGGUAACAUUGUUUCUCAAGUUAUGAAAAAUACUGGGGUGAACAGUGGCAAAUAAAAACAAUAUCAACGGGACUAAAUUAAAAAAAAUAAAAUAAUUUAAAUAAACUGUUUUUUUCCUCCCA